AUGUUUGCUGGAUUAGACGUGUCAAUCUUUGGGCUAGACCCGCAAAAACGCUCGAGCCUCACUCAGGCCAUCAAGGCGGGCGGAGGCCAGGUCCACUACGUGCCCACCGCCAAGACAACGCACCUGGUUGUGACGGAGGAGUUCGUCAAGGCCAAUCCGACACGCGCCAAGGAGGCCCGGAAGAAGGGCCACCUCCUCAUCUCUCCGCAGUACUUCGCCGACUGCGAGGCGCAGGGUGAGCGACUAGACCCAGCCCCAUUCCUCGUCGCUUACGCUCAGACCGAGCGUGAUGCGCUCGAAGUGCCCAACACAGCGGACAUUCCAACACCCCCUUCACCCUCUACGCCAGAGGAAAGCGCUCUAGAUGUCGACGGCCAGCAGGCCGCAGUGGUUGUUCAAUCCAACGGCACCGCGCCCGUUGCCGCUACGAAGAAGCCCAGCCCAAAGGGAGCCAAGCCAAAGGAGGCCAAGUGGCGAAGCGCCCGCGUGUUCAUUUCGUCCACGUUCAGGGACAUGCACGGUGAGCGCGACUAUCUGACCCGCUACGUUUUCCCGGAGUUGCAGGAGAGGUGCAACAAGCUGCGGGUGCACAUCACGCCCGUGGAUCUGAGGUGGGGCGUCACAGAGGAGGAAACGCAGCAGGCGCUCGAGAUCUGCCUGGGCGAGAUCGACAACUGUCGACCGUACGGUUGGUGCCCGGACGAGUACGUGGCGCCCGAUGAGCCGCGCUACGAUUGGCUGCGCCAUUUCCCCUCGGGCUACUCAAUCACGCACCUGGAGAUGCACUACGCCGUACUGAGGGAUCCGGCCAAGGCGCGAGGCUACUUCUACAUGCGCGACCCGUCGUUUGAGCGCAGCGUGCCCAACGCGCAUGUGAAGGAUUUCGAGGCAGAGUCGUUUGAUGCGGGCCAGAGAAUGGAGCGACUCAAGGAGACGAUCAAGGAGGUCAUGCCGCCCCAGUGCUACUACGACUACUACCCCUGCUCGUGGAAGGGAAUGGUCGACGGCAAGCCGAUGGUGGGCGACCUGGAGCGCUUCGGCGAGCGGGUCCUGGCCGACUUGUGGCAAGCCUUCCGUGAAGAGUUCCCGGAGGAAGAGACGGAGCUGGACCCGCUCACGCAGGCCCGCGCCUACCACGAGUCGUUCAUUGAGUCGCACGCCCGUAGCUUCGUGGGGCGCAGCAAGAUCCUCCAGGAGAUCCACAACUACACAGAAUCGGAUGUGCCGUCGUUGUUUGCAGUGCUGGGCGAACCAGGCGGAGGGAAGAGCUCUCUCGUGGCCGCGUUCGCUCGCGAGUACAUCCGCAAGAGCAAGGAGCAGGGCAACGUGGUCAUUCCGCACUUUGUGGGCGCCGCGCCCGGGUCGACCAACUGUCGACACACUCUCGAGCGUCUGACCAGCGAACUCAAGCUGGUGAUCGCCACUCACGCCCCGCAGGCCGCCGCCAAUGAAACCGCAGUCGAUGACGCGAAAGAGGGUGGAGAGAAGGAAGACGAUGAGGCGGUGGAGAAGGAGGAGGGAGUGGCCGAGGACUACACAGCGCUGAAGCAGGGAUUCCUAAAGCUGCUUGAGAAGGCCGCGGCCGCCGUCGCUGGCUCACAUAAGACUGCCCAGCGCCGGUUGGUUUUGAUUAUCGAUGCGCUCAACCAGCUGGAUGAGAGCUACAACGCCCACUCGCUCGAUUGGCUUCCCCGUGAGUUGCCCAAGCAAAUCACUGUGGGACCGCUGGAUCUCGAUGAGAGGAAGGAGAUCGUGCGUAAGACGCUGUGGGAGUACCGAAAGAAGCUCGAUGAUAGGCAGAUGAAGCGGCUGCUCAGCAAGAAGGACGCCUAUAAGCCCCUCUACCUCAUCGUCGCAUGCGAGGAGCUGCGCGUGUUCGGAGUGUACGAGCUGGUCAGCGAACGCAUCGACUCCAUGGCCGACACCGUGCCGGCGCUAUUUGAGGAGGUGCUGAUGCGACUAGAAAAGGACCACGGGUGGGACCUGGUGCGAAACGCGCUCGCCCUGUUGCAGUGCUCUCGCGGCGGCCUGCUCGAAUCCGAGAUGGUGACGCUGCUGUCAAGCCCCAUCCAGCCGGAUAACAUCGAUAGGGCCGAGACGACCUUCAUCGAUAGCCUCAGGAACGGCACGGGCAUCGUUCCGGCCUCCGUCUGGUCGCGUCUCUAUCGCUCCCUCAAGCCCUACCUCCGACCACCUGGUGAGUCUGGCGAGGAGGGCGUGUUGGACUUUUUCCAUCAGCAGCUGUCGUUUGCGGUGGAGCGCCGAUACCUCCAGAACAGCGCCGAGCCCGAAUUGGCCCAAGCCACGCACGCCCGACUGGCCACGUACUUCUGUCAUCUGGCGGAUCCGGAAGGCGACCUAUCGUGGAGCAGCUACCACAGGCGUGGCAUGUCCGAGGUGGCUCACCACCAGACGCAGGCCCGCAUGUGGAAGGAGCUGGACUCCACCCUCUGCGAUCUGGCCUUUAUCGAAACCAAGUGCUCAAUGGGAAUGACCUACGACUUGGUGGCGGACUACCUCAGCGUGGCCGUCGUGGCCAAGCCCGUGCGUAAGAAGCUCAUCGAGUUUCAGCGCUUCGUCCAGGCCCGCGCCUACAUUCUGGCGUCCAGGCCCGAGCAGACGUUCGCGCAGGCGGCCAACCUGCCGGACUCAACCGCGCCGGCCAGCAAGGCCAUGGCGCGCUGGUACGCGGGCAAGGAGUCGCGACCGUGGCUCAAGUGGGCCAAUAAGACCCAGACGCCCAACCCGUGCAUCAUGACCCUUGCUGGUGCGCCACUCCUCUUCCUCAUCCUGCAGGAAUUGUGUCAGUACUCCCCGCUGGCCGGUUCCAACCGCAUUCUCUCCUGCUCCGACGACAACACGCUCAAGAUCUUCGAUUCGAGGACAGGCGCUGAGUUGACCACGCUGAAUGGACACACGUCAUCGGUGUUGAGCGCGACGUAUUCGCCCGACGGGCGUAAGAUAGCGUCGUCGUCGUGGAACAAGCAGAUCAAGGUGUGGAACGCCGAGACCGGCGUCGAGCUGGCCACGAUCACCGGUCACAAGGGAGUCGUGACCCAGGUGCGCUUCACGCACGACGGCCGACACAUUGUGUCGUGCUCGCUCGACAAGACCGUGCGUGUCUUCUCCGCCGACACCUACACCGAGAUUACUGCCAUCAAGGCACAUUCCGAGGGAGUGAACAGCGUGGCCUGCUCGCCAGAUGGAAAGUCGAUUCUUUCGGCCUCGACAGACAAGACCAUCAAGAAGUGGAACUGGGGCACCUGGGACGAGGCGUGCAUAUUCUCGGGUCACACCAAUGCCGUCAACCGGGUUGCGUUCUCGCCGGACGGCAGCAGUGUCGUGUCCGGCAGCGACGAUAGGAGCGUCCGAUUAUGGUCGGCCGACGGUUCGCUCAAGGGGACGCUGACCGGCCACAAGGACGGCGUGGCGGCCGUCAGCUUCUCGCACGACGGCAAGCGCGUGGUGUCGUCGUCGCACGACAACAUGAUCAUCGUGUGGGCCGCCACCGGCUCCUUCCACCAGCUCGCCAUCCUCAUCGGUCACACGGGUACGGUGUUCGAUUGCUCGUUCUCGCCGGACGAUAGCAAGAUCGUGUCGGCCUCGUUCGAUCGCACGGUCAAGAUGUGGGAGUGCGACCCAGCGUGGGUGCCCCAGGGGGAGAAGGGCAAGUCGCGCCGCCCGCCCAAGCCCUUCACCAACAUCACCGGCCACACGGCCCGCAUCCUCAAUACGGCCUACGCGCCCAACGGCCAAUUCGUAGCCACCGCCUCCCGCGACAAGACCCUCAAAGUCUGGAACGCACACACGGGUGUGGAAAUGGCGGCGCUCGAGGGCCACAAGAGUAACGUGUUUGCGUGCGACUGGUCGCCCGACUCGCAGAAGGUGGUGUCGGCGUCCCGCGACAACAACGUGGGCGUGUGGAUCGCGAACACUGGCCAGAUGGUGGGAGCGAUGAGCGGACACACGGGCGUGGUGCUCGACUGCAGCUGGUCGCCCGACAACUCGGCCAUCGUGUCGACGUCGGCCGACAAGACCAUCCGGCUGUGGUGCCCGCAGACCCAGUCGCAGGUGGGCAUCAUGUACGGCCAUCGGGAGGCCGUCAACUGCUGCGCAGUGUCGCCCGACGGCCGGCGCGUCGUGACGGGCAGCGACGACCGCACGCUCAAGCUGUGGGACAUGAAGCGCCGCUCCAAGCUGGCCACCUUCAGCGGCCACCAGAAGGGCAUCUUGGCCGUCGCCUUCUCGCCCGACAGCAAGAAGGUGGUUUCCGGCGGCAACGACAAGCUCCUCAUCGAGUGGAGCGCAGUCAACGCCAAAAAGUUGGCUGUUUGGACCAAGCACAAGGCGCAGGUGACGGACGUGGCGUAUUCGCCCAACGGGCAGUACAUUGUGAGCGGCUCCACGGACAACAUGAUCAUCAUCUGGGACGCCCACACCAAGCAGGAGGUCUGCGCGUUCACGUGCCUGAGCCGGGUCACCUCGGUCUCCACGUCUCCCGAGGGCCUCGGCAUCGCCGUGGGCGACGGGUCCGGCACCUUCUACAUCUUCACCCCCGUGGGUCUGUCGUCCACGGAUGGUGGCGAGUCGGACGCGAAGUCCAAGCAGAAGGAGAAGACAAAGAACUGA